GGCGGGUCUGGCUGGCGGUGGCGGGCAGGAGCGAAGUGCCCCGUGUGCACGUGUGCAGAAGCGGCGGCACCAGUGCGGCGGCGGGAGAGACUCCCGCCCCCUCCGGAGACGCAGGGCCGCGCUCCACUCUCGUGGCCUCCGUCACCCGCUCAGCUCCCUGCCCUAGGUGGGGAGGCCGGCUUGUGAGGUUGAGUGGCCUGAGCUCAGGUCGCUGAGAGCUCAGGGCGGCGACGACAACGGCGUUGAUAUCGGUGGUAACAACGGCCUCAGCAGGCAGGGAAGAUGAAAGGCCGGAUCGAGCUGGGAGAUGUGACACCACACAAUAUUAAACAGCUGAAGAGAUUAAACCAGGUCAUCUUUCCAGUCAGCUACAAUGACAAGUUCUACAAGGAUGUGCUGGAGGUUGGCGAGCUAGCAAAACUUGCCUAUUUCAAUGAUAUUGCAGUAGGUGCGGUAUGCUGUAGGGUGGAUCAUUCACAGAAUCAGAAGAGACUUUACAUCAUGACACUAGGAUGUCUGGCACCGUACCGAAGGCUAGGAAUAGGAACUAAAAUGUUAAAUCAUGUCUUAAACAUCUGUGAAAAAGAUGGCACUUUUGACAACAUCUAUCUGCAUGUCCAGAUCAGCAAUGAGUCGGCAAUUGACUUCUACAGAAAGUUUGGCUUUGAGAUUAUUGAGACAAAGAAGAACUACUAUAAGAGGAUAGAGCCAGCAGAUGCUCAUGUGCUGCAGAAAAAUCUCAAAGUCCCUUCUGGCCAGAACGCGGAUGUGCACAAGACAGACAACUGAACAGAUUACAAAUGAACUUUCUUGCACUUGCUUGUCGCCAAAUAAAAGAGAGGCCCAUUGAUUUUUUUCCCCCCUUUCUUUUAAAGCUUUCCUCCCUCCAUGUUCUUGUUUUUCCUCCUUUUCUUCCCUUUUCUCUAAAAGUUUUAAUACUUUCAAGGACUUUUAAAAUUAAUCAUGUUUGGAUUGUUUUAGUUCUUUUAUUUUUGUGAGGUGGUUUCAUUGUAGGAAGAAGGUAUAGAUCAACUUAAUUUACAGUUAAGAUGUAUGGUCCCCAAAACUUGAGUGUCAAUUUCAUUUUUUUUUAAAGAUUUUUUUUCAUGUCCUGCUUUCACAUUGAAGGGCAGAGCCUACGAAAGACAAAAAGCAGCAGCAGCAAUAUUCUUGUUCGCUAAUUGUAGACAAGUUUAAUGUGCUUAUGGUACUUUGGUUUUUUUAAGACUGUUUGUGGGAUACUAAUCCCUGACAUUGCCUUCACUCCACCUUUUGUCCUUCUGAGUACUGUCUCAGGAGUUGGACCAUUGUUAUCCUUAUAAGAAAUACUAAGCCUUUUUUUUUUUUUUUUUUUUAAAGCAGUUAUUUCUCCUUCCUUGCUGGUGACUGAGGGUGGGUGGGACAGUUUGGGUAGGUAGUGUUAGACUUUGGUCUCAGUAUUUGAGUUAAACUGCUUUUUGCUAAUGAGUGGACUGGUUGUUAGCAGGUUUAUUUUUCCUGCUGUUGAUUGUUAUUAGUGGCAUUAACUUUUAGAGUGUGGGCUGGUGAGAUUAAUUUUUUUUAAUAUCCCAGCUAGAGAUAUGGCCUUUAACUGACCUAAAGAGGUUUGUUGUGACUUACUUUUUUUUCUCCUGACUUUUUUCUUCAGUAAUUCCACAAUAGUUAGUAUAACUUUAAAAAUGGAAUUGUUGUCCUUAUAGGUCAAUACCCCUAAAGAAACCUGAAGCAGGUGUUGUCUUUUGGACAUAUUAAAACAUACCUAAAAGGAAGCUUAGAUGGACUUGUGGCGCAAUAAAUGCAUUUAAUGUCAGCUAAUGCAGUCUGUUAAAAGUGAAGCCACUGAGCAUUUGAUUAUAGGAAAGAAUAUCUAGACAGUAUUUUUGAGAAUAACGUAGCUGUGCUAUUGCUUAUCUGUUGGAGAACAUCCCAGAUUUGCUUACAUUCUGUGCCUAUGAUAUUGAGUUUAAGAAUUUGGGGGAGGGAAAAUUGUUAAACAUUGCUUCUGUUCUUGGAAAAGUAAAAGUCUAGAAGUGUUAAUAAUGCAAAUGUCACUGUGACCUCCCCUACUGACAGGACUGGUUUAUGCCAGAUCAUUUUCUGGCACAUAAGGAGUGGCUUUGACGGGUUGAUAACUCUUUGUAAGAUAGGAGACAUCUGAAAUUUUCUUGUUUUCCUCCAUAGUCCCAUCACCAAUAUUUAAAAUUUCUAGAUUGCUAUUAUUGGUGGUCCAAUAAGUGUUCUCAUUAGACUUUAAAACAAUGCACAGAGCUUGAAGAUUCUAUCGUUUGACUUUAAGAGGAAGGUUGAUUUAUAAUAUUUAUCCUCUUAUGUAAAUUCUGGUAUAAAAGUUUCAUCUCUCCAAAUACGUUAAAUAACAAAAUUAUUUUACACAAUGUUUAUGCACAUUUUAUAAUCUUAAGUUCUUAUUUGAGAAUGUGAAAGUACAAAGUACAAAAGAAGUCUUAACCGAGUGCCAAGAAUCAUACAAAAAAGGAAGAUAGUUCAUGAAUGAGUUUAUAGGGUUUUAAUCUUAAGAUAGUAAAAAUGUAGAAAGACCAUGCUGGUUUUUUGGGUAUCAGUUUCUUCAGCAGUCUAAAUCUAAGCGUAGAAGAAAAGUUUAGCAUUAAGCACCUUUACCUUCAUGGAUUACCUUCAGCUUGCUCUUGCCAAGAGAAGAGUGUUUGAGUUACAGAAGGCGUAAUUAGUUUGAAGAAUUCAGCCUUUUUGUAAACUUCCAGAUAUCAAAAUACACUUUGAUAUGUAAAUGAGUUUUCUGAGAUGACACUGCCUCUAUUUCUAUAACCAUUUCACCUGGACUAUCUAAUCAGUCCUAUGAAUGUAUCCCUAAAUGUGGUUAUUGAAAAACCGAAUAGCUGCCUCAUGACAAUUAAGUACAUGUUAUUUAAGGAGGAAAAAAUAUUAAAUUUUGAAUUGAGUGUGUAGGCUCCCUAUCAUUAUAGUGUUUCUUUUUCCACACUAGUCAGUGACUUUAACCUAAAUUAUAAAUGUUUGUAAACGGUCAGUUGUCCUACAUCAAACUUGUAUUAAAUAAUUCCAUCCACUUGAGGAGGAUUUAGAAGAGGUAGAAGCUGGGCACUAGUUCAUAUGCCUGUGAGUCAGUAAAGACUGAAAUAAUGUCCCAUGUUGAGUUGGUUAUUUUGAAAUAGGAUAAAAAUUAUCAUUGAGGUAAAACAAUUCUGUUAACUGGAAGAUCAUAGGAUGUAUCCAUAUUUUUCAAGACAGAUGGUUUUACUGUGGAGUGAAUAGGUAAAAAUUAUACUCUGGUAAUUGCAUUUAGGUUCUAAAGGAAAGAAUCUGCAGAGAAAUCUAUGCAAUAUAUAAUUUGUCCAGAUUAGUUUUUAUUUGGAGAAAGAAAUUCUGAAAUAUCCCCAAAGCAGUUUACUCAUCAAUUGAAAGUCCUCCAAAAACAGAACUAUUGGGAAACCGUGAUAUGUGGGGUGGAAAAGAAAAGCUCCCUCAUUUUUUUGGAGGGAAUAACUUUAAAAAUACUUAAAUGGCUAAGUUUACUUGGUGCAGUUAAGAAUUAAACUUGUUGAUUUUAACAUUGCUGUUACAUCUGAAAUAAACUUAUGUGAUGUUCUGGUA